AUGGACAGACAACCACCAAAUACCUACCUCGAAACAUCAGAACAUCAGAAAAUUGCUUGGGUCACAGGCCUCAGCUAUUAUCAAAAUCGACCGCUAGAAACACACCAAACGAAAUCCAUUAGGAGAUCCAUGCUUCCCAAGCCCGAGAUGGCCAAAUUUGAAGACCUCCCGGCUGAACUGGUCAACAACAUUAUUAUUGACCGCCUUCCUCGCAAAUCUCUAAUUCACAUCACAUUCGCUCAAAGGCACAUCAAAAAGCUCAAGGCGGCUGCAUCCUCCCCGCGCAUCGCACCGCAUGUUCAAGAGAUAGUUUUCUUCAUUUUCAAGACUCUCCCGUCAUGCAAGGUGGACGGUAACACAGAUGACUACAUCAAAGGAUACUCCCAAGCAGUUCGGUACGACUUCUUUAUGUGUGUUGAUGCCCUGCCAAACCUACGGCCUUCGGCAAUCUUAUGA